ACACAGUAACCAGAAGUUGUAAAGAUUAUACAAGAAUUUAAUGAUGUUGAUGCACACGAUAAUAGUCCUGCUUGGCAUGUGGGCUGUUGCACAUGCAGGUCUUAGGGAUUUGGCGGCCCAAAGAGGGAAAAAAAUAACUACUGGCAAUCAGGCUGAUGUUCCUGACAACUUUGUAGGGUGCAUGGCACGAGAAGGCCAGUACCAAGUAGCUGGAGUCCCUGGUAGUCCAGAUGAAAUUAAUGAAUGCAUGUACUAUGAAUGUGUCGGAAAUGAAUGGGAACCAAAAGUAUGUCAGGACAGGUUGGGCAUAUUAGAGAGCCAGUUUGAUAAAGCUGGCAGAUCAAAUAGCUUUCCAUGUGUGAAGCCAUCAAGUCAAUGUUUAUCAUCUCUAUCUGAUAGGGGAGUAGCCGAUACUGCUACAAAUGUUUGUGGAGUGGACUUGGUCACUGUAGUAGAUGUCUCCUGUAGCGUUUCUGACGGUGACAAGGGAAAAAUUAAAACUUUCUUAAAGAAAUUCGUUUCCAACUUUCCUAUUGGACCAGCAUUCACCCAAAUUGCAGGUUCUGUAUAUGGUAGUGUUGUCAAAGACUUUCUCUACUUCAACACCUACAAUAGUGCGAGGAUGGUGCGAAAGGCAAUUGAUGAAAUGCCACUUGAUGCAAAACCAUGUGCUACCCACACAUUUGAAGCUCUUCGGCAGGCAAGAGAGGUUCAUUUGACUGAAGAAAAGGGAAGACGUAAUACAGGCGCAGAUAAACGUGAUUGUUGUGUAAUGUUGAUGACUGAUGGAUUUACUCAUCCCCCAGAGAAGAAAUCUGAGACUAUUCGAGAAGCUAAUAACAUACGCAAAGCAUGUGCUCUAAUUCUGGUUACUUUGCCAAAUAGUCCAGAAGAAGAAAAGAAAAUGUCUGAGAAAGAAAGAAAUAGAUUGCGUGAAGAGGAGUUUUCAGCAAUACAACCUGAUAGAGCGAUGAGGCUUGACCUUCAGAAUUUUGAUGAUCUGGAAAAAAACAUCAACAACAUUGCAAGAAAGACAUGUCAGCCUGUCAAUCGAGUAUAAGUGAUGAAUAUGUAUGAAAUGAGGGGAACGAAAAUGACUUUUCAACCUUUUUUGCAAUUAACUGUAUUUUUGAUUUUCCAUCUUUGAUUUGCAAUAAACAUGAGUGCAUUAA